AAUAACCCCAACCUUACAAGAAUAUAAAAACAAACGGAUGAGUGGAAACUCACAUAACUGAAGAUGGCAACCAUUAGUUUCCCGCCAAUUCCCAUCCAACAUCUCUACCCCGCGAAAUCCAACAGCUCUAAUGACGGUAUUAACGACCGAAACCUUCCGGACCAUCCCACGCUUUCCUUGCUCCAUGGAUGCUCCCACCUGGCACGGCUCAAGCAAAUCCAUGCGCGCAUGCUUCGUCUUGGCCUCUUCUUCGACGCCUACUCUGCCAGCAGGCUUCUCACCGCCUCUGCGCUCUCUACUUCUCCAAGCCUCGACUACGCCCACCGCGUGUUCGACCAAAUUCCCCAACCAAAUCUCUAUUCUUGGAACACUCUUAUUCGCGCCCACGCUUCCCUCUCCGACCCCACGCAGAGCCUUCUCAUCUACUCGCAAAUGCUGCUCCAAGGUGUCCACACACCCAACAAAUUCACCUUCCCUUUUGUGUUCAAAGCUGCUUCGGAGCUCUCCGCUUUAAAAGAGGGAAGAACCGUUCACGGAAUGGUUGUUAAAAGUGGGCUCCAUUCGGAUGUUUUCAUCCUCAAUUCUCUUAUUCACUUUUAUGCUGCCUGCUCGAAUUUGGAUCUUGCUCACCAGGUCUUUGUGAAUAUUCCUCAGAGAGAUGUCGUUUCAUGGAAUUCUAUGAUUACUGCUUUUGCUCAGGCAGAUUGUGGAGAGGAGGCAUUGGAAUUAUUUAGGAAAAUGGAGGCUGCAGGUAUGAAGCCGAAUGAGGUGACAAUGGUGAGUGUCCUUUCUGCUUGUGGAAAAAAAGGCGACUUGGAGUUUGGGAGGUGGGUCUAUUCUUAUAUCAAGAGAAACAAGAUUGGAGGGAGCUUAAUUUUGAGCAAUGCCAUGUUGGAUAUGUAUACCAAAUGUGGGAGCUUGGAAGAUGCAUGGAGGUUGUUUGAUGAGAUGCCUGAUAAGGAUUCUUUCUCGUGGACAACGAUGCUUGUUGGAUGUGCAAAAUCAGGAGAAUUUGAGGCUGCUCGACGUCUUUUUGAUGCAAUGCCUAGACGAGAUGUUGCUUCUUGGAAUGCCCUCAUCUCUGCGUAUGAACAGGGUGGCCAGCCUAAGGAAGCUCUAGCCGUGUUCCACAAGUUGCAGCUCUCUGCUGAGGCAAAGCCCGAUCAGGUCACACUUGUUAGCACACUCUCAGCUUGUGCCCAACUGGGUGCAAUUGAUUUGGGCAGAUGGAUCCAUGCAUACAUGAAGAAGCAGCGUUUCAGGUUGAAUUUCCAUCUCGCGACCUCGCUGAUUGAUAUGUACUCCAAGUGUGGGGAUCUAGAGAAGGCACUUGAGGUGUUUUGGUCCAUUGAAUUGAAAGAUGUAUUCGUUUGGAGCUCAAUGAUUGCCGGGUUGGCGAUGCAUGGGCGUGGUGAGGCGGCAAUCAACCUCUUCUCAAAAAUGCAAGAAACCAAGGUAAAGCCCAACGCCGUAACUUUCACCAAUGUCCUGUGUGCCUGUAGCCACUCAGGGCUAGUUGACACGGGUAGAUUAUAUUUUAAUCAAAUGCUGCCUAUCUAUGGGAUUGCACCUAAGGUUGAGCAUUAUGGAUGCAUGGUUGACAUCCUUGGCCGUGCCGGACUCUUAGAAGAAGCUGUGGAAUUGAUAGAGAAAAUGCCAAUGGCUCCCCAUGCUUCAGUGUGGGGAGCAUUGCUUGGUGCUUGUAGGCUUCAUGGAAAUCUUGAGCUAGGUGAGCAUGCUUGUAAACGUCUCCUUGAGUUGCAGCCCAGGAAUGAUGGAGCAUAUGUGCUUUUGUCUAACAUAUAUGCCAAAGUUGGUAAAUGGGAUGAAGUUACGAGAUUGAGGAAGCUGAUGAAAGAUACCGGACUCAAGAAAGAGCCUGGAUGCAGCUCAAUAGAGGUCGAUGGUGUCAUUCAUGAGUUCCUAGUAGGAGACAUAUCCCACCAUCUAUCGGACAAGAUCUACGCAAAGUUGGAUGAGAUUGCUUUGAGAUUGAAAUCUGUGGGCUAUGUGCCAAACAUGUCGCAGAUCUUGCAGGAUGUUGAAGGUGACAAUGUGAAAGAGCAAGCACUAUAUCUCCAUAGUGAGAAGUUGGCAAUUGCAUUUGGGCUUAUUAGCACGCGGCCAUCCACUCCCAUUCGGAUUGUGAAGAAUCUCCGUGUGUGUGGGGACUGCCACUCAGCUGCGAAGAUCAUUUCUAGUGUUUAUGAUAGAGAGAUAAUUUUGAGAGAUCGGUAUCGUUUCCAUCACUUCAAGGGAGGGCAUUGUUCUUGUAUGGAUUAUUGGUGAAUUUGGGUUGAGUUUAGCUGCAAAUUUGAUGGAGGGUCGAUCAAGAAAACUCUUGUUCAGUUAGCCUAUGGUAAUUUCAUUGAACAUAACACGGUAAUUAGCAAUACUGAAAGAAGGGAUCGUUGUCUUUUGUUUUCAUGUGUGUUAAUGCUCUGAAGAGAUGAAAGGAAAAUGGAGUCAGCACUUGAUCACUUUAAGCUUCAAGUAACAGAAGCAUCAUGGAGCCGGACCCACAAUCUGUUUGGAUGCACAACUGAAUUGUAUUGCGAAUAUUCAGUUGACUCAAGAGGAAAUGGCAGAAGACUUAUGAUAUUUCCUAGUAUUCAUAUCAAGUAAGUGGCACUCAAAUUGCAUCUAAGCAAAACUGCAACUCAUUUUAUUAGAGACUAAUGGCUGCAAUUCAAUUUGACGAUGCCCACAAACGCCCUGAAAGAAGCUGCAGAACCAAAGGCUCCAACAAAUUGCAAGAUUUUGAAGCUGGAAGAGAAUGCUAGGUUGAAGAUAUUUUGCAGCUAAUCUUGAAGGAGCCAAGGAAGUUCCCUUGAUGUUGAAGCUUACACAGGAAGCUCAGCCGGUCCAAUCAAUUGAUCUAGAUGGUCCAUUAGGUCCAGCGUAUAUUUCAUGGGUUACCAUGCAAAAAUCAUAACAAUUUGAGAAUUAAUCAUCUAACCAACGGCCUAUGAAAUGGAAGGUGAAGAUUAUCUAACAAUUUCAACCAUCUACUUGCUGGGGGCUCUCAUGGAUAGUUUAUAGCCCCCAGUCCUGAGUCCUAACCUUUUCCAUCCAUGGUUUUAAAAAAUCGAGAUAUAUGACUGAAAGAAAAGCCAACUUACAGAAGAUUGGAACAUCCGAUUGUCAUGAGUUCUACAUGGAAUCCCACCAAAUGUGUAGUUGGACAUAAUGGACUGUACAGAUCGAUCAACUGGACCUCCCAAGUUUCCUAUGCAACUAGUACAUAACUUAAUAGUGCUUACCAAUGUGCAAGCCUGUUCUAGGAAAGUCUAUUCAAGAUCCAAGUCAUCCAGCAGAUGGCCCCAGUGUAUGUUUCUCGGCACAAAAUCUGGAUGUUCCAGUGUUGCCGGUGUUGAAUGCUAGUAUCUGUUGAUAGUAUUAAUAGAAUUCUUUCUUCAAA